GGAAGUGGAAAGCGAAUCGCCUCGUUGUGAUCCGGGGGAGUUUACCGAGUAAAGCAAGACAGUCGUGGUGCCCAAGAUGUCUGACAAUGCGGAGUCACCAACAGACGCGCAAAAAGAGGAGUUACACUCGCCUGUUGAAGACUCGACGCCAAAUGAAGAAAAGAAAAAGAUUGAUGUCCUUUUGAAGGCAGUUGGAGACACCCCCAUCAUGAAAACAAAGAAAUGGGCCGUGGACAGAAGCAGGACGGUGCAGUCGCUUUCUCAGUUCAUUUCUCGAUUCCUUAAAAUGGAUGCCAAUGAACAACUGUUCAUCUAUGUUAACCAGUCGUUUGCUCCAUCACCGGACCAAGAAGUCGGAAUCCUCUUUGACUGUUUUGGCAGUGACAACAAACUGGUUCUACAUUAUUGUAAAUCUCAAGCUUGGGGUUGAUUGUGUGUCUUAAAGGGGACUUGUGAGCAUUUUCCACAGAUUAAAACGGUUCUUUUGCGUUUGUGACAUUUUGGUCAAACUAACCUAUAGACUUAAGACAGUUUUGCAACCACUAUGUGUGCAUCUGCAUUUAAAAAAAAAAAAACUCAUCAUACAGUAUUUUAUUAAGACGCCAAGGAACUGUUUUAAACUGUGUUAAAACAAUGACUAUGUUCUCUUUUACGUCACAACUAACAGUUUUUUUUAUGUAUCAUGUACAUAUUGUAAAUAAAUUGU